ACAAGCGACUCACUCCCACUUUUGGAGGAAAACGAAAGGCGACUGAAAGGCUGUGGCAAAAACGGCGCCUGCGUUUGUGCGUGUGUGUGUGUAUGUGUGUAUGCGUGCAUAGGCAUGUCCACAAUCUACAGCAGGUUCAAGUUUGUGGAGAAGCUGUGCGAGGAGACAAGGGCAGUGAAUCCACGGCUGAACAAGACAGCGCUGGCGCUGGGAAUGCUCUCUUGCUUGGGAAAUUGCGUGGUGGCCACAUUUCAGGAGACGACGAUGACAACGGUUCACGACAUUGGCGCCUUGCUCUUCUUUCUCACAGGCGUCCUCUACAUCCUCCUGCAGUCCACCAUUUCCAACCACGACUUCCCAUACGGCUCGUCCUUGGCGGUGUGUCGGGCGCGGCUAGCUGUGGCUGUCCUUGCCUCGCUGGCUAUCUUCCCGACUGUCAUUUGUGCAUUUUUUGUCAAGCAAAAGGACCUGCACAGAGACGCUUUCUCGCACAGCUGUUUACCUUGCGGGUGAAGACCGAGAUGCUAUAGAGGAGAGCAAAGCACACUUGCCGGAGCAUUUCACACACUGCUGCGCAGCCUCACAUCCGUGGAGAGACUUUUGCACAUUGCACCACUCUUGCGACAUCAUGGGGAAAAAAAAAACAUUUUUUUACGAGAGGCGGACGCAUGAUCGAUGAGGAUUGUUGUCACAUGGCGCUGAGUCACUUUUAUUUUUAUAGCUGUAUCUGACUGAAAGUAGUCUAACACUUCAUGUACUUAUUUUGACAUUUACACUACACCAAAAUAGUUUAAGUGACAUUUCAGCACUACAGUAUAACCUUUUACAGGUGAUCGUUUCAUAACUUUUGGUGAAUAGUGUAGAAGUUAUGUCCUACUAUAAUUUCACAAGGAAUUCAUCAGUAUUGCUGGAGAACAUAUCACAGUUACGCU